GGUGCAGCCUGCAAUGCUGUCCGACUCGGAAACGUCAGAGUGCCAUGUGGACAAGAAGUAAACAGAGUCCGACACCGAGCACCGACCCACGAUGAGUCUGUUACCCCGCACCGCCGAGGAGUUCAGCUCCGCAGAGUACUGGGAGAGAUUCUUCAAGAAGCGCGGGGAGAAAUCCUUCGAGUGGUACGGAGACUACAACCAGCUGUGCGGGGUGCUGCACAAAUACAUCCGAGCACAGCACAAGGUGUUGGUGGUCGGUUGUGGUAACUCUGAGCUGAGUGAACAGCUGUAUGAUGUCGGCUACAAACAUCUAACCAAUAUCGACAUCAGCGAGACAGUGGUGACGCAUAUGAACCAGCGAAACGCUGAACGUCGGCCAGGUCUGACCUUCCAGCAGGUGGAUGCCACACAGACUCCAUAUGAGGAUGCCAGCUACCAGGCUGCUCUGGACAAGGGCACGCUGGAUGCCAUGGCAUCAGAAGAAGAAGGAGCGCUGGCUAGGAACAUGCUCACUGAGGUGGGCCGUGUGCUAAGCGUUGGCGGCCGGUAUGUCUGCGUGACGCUGGCUCAGGAGAGUGUGAUCAAGUUGGCUGUAGAGCACUUUGUUCAGCUGGGGUGGGCGGUGAGGCUUCACUGUCUGCAGGAGGAAAGCGGGAAAGAAGAGGAGUCCUUCGCUCUGCCUGUCUUUGUUCUGGUCUGCACCAAGUUUCGUCAGCCUAUGCCCACGCCCAUUCUGGAGAUGUGUCUCGGGGAAGAUGGAGCCCCAACUCGUCUCACACAGGUAGCAGAGUUGUUGUCGGCUGUGAGGGAGCACCAGGCUUACUCUGUCUUGAAGAAGAGACUCCGUACAGGCACGGACGCCAGCUCGAACCUCUCGCUCACUCUCUGCCACACCAAGACUGGCCUUCCCAGAUACACUCUCACAGUGCAAGACUGUCCCCCAGCUGCCAAGGUGCCGAGAUCAAACCAGUUUGCUAUUUUUAUUGUCCCUCAAGGUAGUGAGACAGCUUGGCUGUACAGCUCCAGUGAGGGACGAAGGCAGCUGGCAGCCAGUGCGAACUUUCGACGCCUGGUUAUUGUGGCAAUGCACAGGAAUCAGGAGUACGCAGACAUGCAGGCUGUCCAGUCAGAACUCUCACCCAUGGUUAUGGACCUGGCGCCGCCGGGUAUGCCAGCCAAUCAGCAGGUGCCGUUCCUGUCGGUUGGAGGUGACCUGGGAUGGCGAGAGGAGGUCAGCAGGGGUGUGAGUGAGCUGAGCGGGGAGUACUGUGUGGAGAAUGUCAAAGGAGAAGAUGGAGAACUGUAUCGGAGGCUCGUUUUCCUGUCUAACGCUAACCUCGUCCAAUCAGAGAGUCGUCUUGUCCCUUCGAAUACUGCAUCAAGUCACAAGAAGAAAAAUAAAAAGAAGGCCAAGCCAACAGCUGCUCCAGUAACAUCUUCGACCUCUCUGUCAGUGGACAGUGGCUUCCUCUGCUGCGCUCACCACGAAGUUAUGGUGGCCGGCCUCGCCAUGCUCGGGGUUGGCAUGCCGCAGAACAAAGGUGUCCCAGUGUCAGUGCUCCUGGUGGGGCUCGGUGGUGGAGGCCUGCCUCAGUUUCUACGGGACUUUGUGCCCGAUGUUACUGUCGAGGUUGUAGAACUAGACCCUGUUGUGAUGGACGUGGCGAAGCAAUGGUUCGGGUUCAGACCGGAUGAUCGUUUGACUGUCACUCUUGGAGACGGCCUGGAACGCAUCUGUGCCCUGGAGAAAGAAGGGGGUCGUUUGUUUGAUGCCAUCAUGUUCGAUGUAGACAAUAAAGACAGUACUGUGGGGAUGAGCUGUCCACCUGCUGCCUUUGUUGAAAGCUCGAUCCUGCAGAAAGUCAGCAGCCUGCUGACCUCCAGAGGUGUAUUCAUCCUGAACCUUGUGUGUCGCGACUCGGCCUUGAGGAAGAGCGUCUCGGAGCGUGUGAGCGCAGUGUUUCCCACCAUCCUCUCCAGAAAGAUCGAAGGGGAGGUCAACGAAGUCCUUCUGUGCUCCCGUGGUGAAAAAAACAAGACGCAGACGGACGCCGAUCGCAUCCUUUCAUCCACGAAGCAAUCAGCCAAGAGUCUGCAGAGCGCACUGUGCUCUAACAGGACUGGAACCAACAGCAGCCCUCACAUAGACAUUGCAGAGUUGUUGAAAGACUUGAAAGUAGAGUAAAGUUGAGAUUUAAUCAUGUGAGACUGUUUGAGAGGAUCCUGCAAUAUUAAGUGCUCUGACUUUGCCCUUCAGUGCCAUGAAAAUGAAAGUUUAAUGAUGUAAAACAUAUAUAAUCACAAGUAAAGAACAUUUAUCCUUUA